ACGCUGUAAUUUUCUCAACUGUGCGCCUAGAACAUUUUGUAAAGUGUGCCCGCUUUACCACUUGGAGUCUGUUCUCUCCCUGUUGCUAAAUAGCAGAUGAAUGGAGAAUGAAUUGGCCGCAGCUUGUAAGGGUUGGGUUAGCAGCCUUUAAAACGAUGUCGUCUCAGAGCAGUCACAGUGUGGCGACAAAAUGAAGAAAAAGCAUUGUGAAGUAAAAAUGGUGCAAAAAUAUCAGUCCCCUGUUAGAAUCUACAAGUACCCGUUUGAGCUUGUGAUGGCGGCUUACGAAAAACGUUUUCCAACCUGCCCAGAAAUCCCAGUUUUUCUGGGGAGUGAGAUCCUUCGCGAAUCCAAGAGUGAAGACGGAGCCAUUCAGAUCAUUGAAAGGAGUUGCAAAUUGAACGUGGAUGCACCUCGGCUACUCAAGAAAAUUGCUGGGGUAGAAUAUGUUUUUUUCAUACAGAAAAAUACAGUGAACUGGAGAGAGAGAACCCUGGUUAUUGAAGCCCAUAACGAGACCUUUGCCAACCGUGUCAUUGUCCUGGAGACAUGCAACUACUCGGUUCAUCCGGAGAACGAAGAUUGGACAUGUUUCGAACAGUCUGCAUCCCUUGACAUCAAGUCGUUUUUCGGGUUUGAAAACACGGUGGAGAAAAUCGCCAUGAAGCAGUACACAGCCAACAUCAAGCGGGGCAAGGAAGUGAUCGAGCAUUAUCUAAAGGAGCUGAUAUCCCAAGGGAUCACAUUUAUCCCUCGGUGGACUCCCCCGGAAGUCAAGGGAAGCCUCAGGAAGAGAAGUCCCUCCGGAAGCAAUAACGGUACAAUAUCGCAGGAAGCCCACCCGCACGGAAGCGAGAAAGAACAGCGAGGCAACAACGCUUGCCCUGCAGGGGAGGCUUCGACCCCUGAAGGGGACAAACUGGAUGCUGAUUAUAUAGAACGUUACCUGGGACAAUUAAGUCCCAUGCAGGAAAGCUGCUUGAUUAGACUUCGUCAGUGGCUCCAAGAAAUGCAGAAAGGAAAGGUUCCCAAAGAUGAAUACAUCCUCCGUUUCUUGAGGGCUCGAGACUUCAAUAUUGACAAGGCUCGAGAAAUGCUCUGCCAGUCCUUGGCAUGGCGAAAGCAAUACCAGGUGGAUUACAUUCUGCAAACGUGGAGGCCACCUUCCCUUUUGGAGGAAUUCUACGCUGGGGGUUGGCAUUACCAGGACAAAGAUGGAAGACCCCUCUACAUCCUUCGCCUUGGGCAAAUGGACACCAAGGGUCUAGUGAAGGCUCUGGGAGAGGAAUCGCUUCUUCGCCAUGUCUUGUCAAUUAAUGAGGAGGGGCAAAGAAGAUGUGAAGAAAACACCAACCUCUUAGGCCGCCCCAUCUCAUCCUGGACCUGUUUAGUUGACCUUGAAGGGCUGAACAUGCGUCAUCUGUGGCGUCCUGGUGUAAAAACUCUCCUUAGGAUUAUUGAAGUGGUUGAGGACAACUAUCCGGAGACUUUAGGGAGGUUGUUGAUAGUGCGAGCACCAAGGGUGUUCCCUGUGCUUUGGACUUUGGUGAGCCCCUUUAUCAAUGAAAACACCAGGCAAAAAUUCCUCAUUUAUAGCGGCAACAACUAUCAGGGUCCCGGAGGACUUGUAGAUUAUCUGGAAAAAGACGUGAUUCCAGACUUCCUUGGAGGAGAAUGUGUGUGUAACGUGCCUGAAGGUGGACUUGUCCCGAAGUCCCUCUAUCAAACAGAUGAAGAGUCUGAAACCGCGGAUCAUAUUCGUCUCUGGACGGAAACCAUCUAUCACUCUGCAAAUAUUUUCAAAGGGGCUCCCCAGGAGAUCGUUGUAGAGAUCCUGGAAGGGGAAUCUGUGAUCACUUGGGAUUUUGACAUCCUCAAAGGAGACGUGGUGUUCAGCCUCUUCCAUUCCAAACGAGCCCCAGAGACUGUCCGGAAGGAAUCAGCCAUGCCAACCCCUUUGACGUCUGGAGAAAACGUACAACUCAUUGGCAAGAAUUGGAUCCUGGGAGUGGAUUACAGCCGUGUGGAGACUCCCUUGGUCUGCCGUGAAGGCGAGAGCAUCCAGGGUUCCCAUGUGACUCGCUGGCCAGGUUUUUACAUCCUGCAGUGGAAAAUGCACAGCCCAAUUCCCUGCACGGGGACCAGCCUUUCUCGGGUCGACGACGUCUUGGCUACGCUCCAGGUCUCUAAUCACAAAUGCAAAAUCCUGUAUUAUUAUGAGGUGCUUGCAUCCAAGGAGUUUAGGGGCUCCAUGACGAGUCUGGAGUCGUGCACGAGUGGAUUUUCGCAGCUCAGUGGAGCCACCACCUCCUCCACUCGAUCGCAGAGCAGUUCCUUGGUCUCCAGAUAGCAUCGCCCACCCGGGGAGACGUGGAGCCCCGGAGGGCUGGACCAAGAUGCUUUCUUCGAGGCUGCGACCCGCGAGAGGCUCGAGGCAGCCUUCAGGGAGGAUCAUGGAGGAGAUCCAGGGACGCUUUUAUCAACCAGCUUGAAAUCCUUCCUUCCCUCCUUCCUUCCCUUCUCCCUCCCUCCCUCCUUUCUUUCUUCCCCCCUCCCUUCCUUCUUGCCUUCUUCCUUUCCUCCCUCCCUCCCUGCCUUUUUCCUCCCUCAUUCACUUUUUCCUCCCGUCUCCCUCUUUCUUCUCUCCUCCCUCCCUCCAUUCUUUGGCCCUCCCUCACUUUUUCCUUUUUUUAUCCUUCCUUUCUCCCUCCCUUCUUUCUCCUCCCUCGCUUUUUCCUUCCUUCUUCCUCUCUUUUUCCCUUUCAUCCUCCCUUUCUCCCUCCCUUCUUCCACCUUCCCUCCCUUCUUCCUCCUUUCCUCCAUUUUUCCUUUUCAUCUUUCCUUCCUUCCUUCUUUCUCCCCCUUUCUUCUUCUCUCCCUCCCUCCCUCCCUCUCUUUCCUCUCUCCUCUCCUUCCUCCUUCCCCCCCUCCCUCCUUCCUCUCCCUAAGACUGAAAAAUCUUCUAAAUCUUGGAGACUGCCCCUCUCCAGCUGUACAUUAGCCAACCUGUCAGUUAGAAUGCCGACAGUACUAAUUUUUGCAUGGAUUUUACAACAUUCGUAGGGUUAAAGGGCUCUUCCCACUACUCAGCACCAUUCGAUCUGAAAUGUAGAGCUAGCUGAGGUUGCCUUACCUACUUAUGGCUUCUAGAGCCAAAAGCCAACAACACAAAACCCCUCCAGGCCCCUGGUUAGCUUCAUUGUGCGUCAGCAAUGCCAUUGGUGUUCCAGCAAGGUACGAACUAUGUGCCUGGACAGCAGAAUUGAGCUGCAAACCGUUGAUGUAUACAUACACACCGUUGGGUAGAUUUACGUUCUGGGUAACUUCAGGCAGGGAACUUAACUCAGAGAUUUAGAGACCUACAUAUUACUGUCUAAAGCAGGGGUGUCCAAUCCUGGCAACUUUUUAAGAUCGUUGGGAUUUCAACUCCCAGAAUUCCCCCAACCCAGCAUGGGUAGCUGGGGAAUUCUGGGAGUUGAAGUCCACAGGCUUCAAAAGUUGCCGAGAUUGGACACCCCCUGGAUUAAUGUGUUGGAACUGAGAAAUACCCUGUUGUUUCCCUACCGUGCACUGAAAUAGCUCUAACUUGAAAAGAGCAACAGAUUUUUCUCUUCCCUUUUUAUUUCCUCAGGUCUGUGAGCAAUAAUUGAAGCCGAUCUCUGCCCGAUGGGUUUGCUCAGGGUUGAAAACAUGUUCCUCUCUCUCUCUCUCUCUUUCCUUCUCUCUCUCUCUCUCUCUAUCUCUGUCUCUCUCUGUCUCUCUCUCUCUCUUUCCUUCUUUCUCUCUCUCUCUCUCUCUCUCUCUCUUUCUCUUUUUCUCUCUUUCCUUCUCUCUCUCUCUCUCUCUCUGUAUAUAUAUAUAAAGGGCUAAGCAAAAGCAAUAUUUCAUUUCUUACAAGGCACAAAAACUCUUUCACAGUGUUAAGGAAGCAAUUGUUUUAGGAAGCCAGAGCUAACACAAGUUAGGGUAGGCACUUUAAGAGCGUGUGGGCGUGGGUGUGUGUGGGCGUGCAUGCAUUUUCUGAGUAUGUAUGUGUAUCUAUCUAUCUAUUUAUAUAUAUAUAUACAUAUAUAAUCUAUAGAUACAGUAUAUACAGAUCAGUAGUGGGUUUCAAUUUAGUUUGCUACUGGAUUGCUAGUGCGCGACGCUUCUGCGCGUGCACAGAAGCAUCCGGGCAGGUGGGUGGAACCGCCUGCCGCUACCGGUUCGCCCGAUCUGGGGUGAACCGGUAAGCAACCUACUACUGAUACAGAUAGAUGUAUGGAACUUAAAAAUCCCUUAAGUCCCAUUUACAGAAAAAAAGAAUUAAGGCUUCAGUUUAAUUAUUUGUAUCCUUUUAUAGGCACAACUUGAUUAUUUAUUCGGGGAUAUGCCUCCUUGUUUUAAGUAUUGGCUUUUCUUUUUUUUUUAAGCCAAAAAAGAAUUGAGUGGGGUUCUGGUAACUUCAGCUUUAUACUUUGGGGGGUGGGGGUGGGGGAAAGGGCUUGCGUAGUUUCUAAUGAGAUAUUUUUAGAUGCCUGCCUGCAUUACGUAGAAGAAAUCGGACAGAUUUCUGGAUAUCUUGAAUCUAUGGAGUGAUUUAUUUUUUUUUAAACUGCAAUCAGGAGUCCGUUUGGCUUUGGGGGACUGUUGUGGUAAAGAAACCCUACAGUGGGGAAAACUUUGAUUUUUGCAAGUAUUAGUUUACCUCCAACGGGGACAUCGAGGACUGAAAGAUACCCGUUGUGAUUGAUCCAGAAAGAAAUGCCUGAAAUGCCUGUACAGAGAUGUGAAAAGAAAUGGAUGGGUGAGAAAUGAUUAAUUAGGAAUUUCCUUGAGAAACGUUAUGUUCCCUUUUUCCUGCAAGGACAGGAUGAAUAGCGAAGCAACUGGGACAAGAUUCAGCAGGCCUUUUAUUAUGUUCAGGAGCUGCUUUGGAGGGAGAGGGAAUGUAGGUAGUCCUCGAAUUACAACAGUUCGUUUAGUGACCGUUCAAAGUGACCCUGGCGGUGAAAAAAAAGGCGAUUUAUGGUCAUUUUUUUCACACUUAAAACCUCUGUAGCAUCCCCAUCCACGUGAUCAACAUUCAGACGCUUGGCAACUGGUUCACACUUACGACCGUUGCUAUGUCCCAGGGUCACGUGCUCCUCUUUUUGCGAACAAAGUCGACAAGGGAAGCCAGAUCCGCUUAAGAACCGGGUGACUUUAACGUCUCAACGGCAGCGUUUCCCUUAACAACGGCGGCAAGAAUUGGUCGUCCAAUAGGGCGAAGCUCCCUUGAACAACUGCCGGGCUUAACAACUGAAAAUUUUGGUGCUCGGUUGUGGUCGUACGUCGAGGACUGCCUGUAGAUAAUCAGCCAGGGAUUCUUCUAUCUGUUGCCGCUGUUGCCUCCAUAAAGAGAAUUGAAGAAGAAAUUGCCUUUGUCUUGAAAAACAGGCUGUCCACACAAAUGUAGACUGCUUCACAGGAGGUUGUACAGAAUUGCAAACAACAUGUUCCUGUUGUUGAUGAUGAUGAUAUUAUUAUUAUUAUUAUUAUUAUUAUUAUUAUUAUUAUUAUUAUUAUUAUUAUUAUUAUUAUUAUUAUUAUUAUGGUUGAUCACACAGUCAUCCAUAUUUAGACGGAGUCCGGCAUUUUUCUGUACCUAUCGAGUCUUUCGCAAGGACCUGGAAUAAGCAGAUGAUUUAUUGAUAGUGUUAAAAAUGUUAUCACAGGGAUAUUACUAUUCUUCUUCUUAUUUGUUCGAGGCAACAGGAGGGAGGUGGGGGAAUUUUGAGCAGAAA